AGAUUGGCAACAUCUAGGAAGGACGGCGCGGUGAGACCUUUAACCAUGGAUUUGUGCCGAAAAUUAAUUUUUCGUUCCUUAAACCAGUCUUUUUCCAAAAGAACUAACUUUUCAAAGGUUCCUGCCUUAGCGUCUUUCUCUACCAGUAGUCAGCAUUCAGCUCAGGUGAUGGUCAGAGAUGCCCUCAAUGCGGCCAUGGACGAAGAGAUGGAGAGAGACGAGAGGGUCUUUCUGCUGGGGGAGGAAGUGGCCAUGUAUGACGGAGCCUACAAGGUCAGUCGAGGCCUGUGGAAAAAAUAUGGCGACAAGAGGGUUAUCGAUACGCCCAUUACAGAAAUAGGUUUUGCUGGCAUUGCUGUUGGGGCGGCUCUGGCGGGGCUGAGACCCAUCUGCGAGUUCAUGACCUUCAACUUUUCGAUGCAGGCCAUAGAUCACAUCAUCAAUUCUGCCGCAAAAACAUUCUACAUGUCUGCCGGGAAGAUCAACGUUCCGAUGGUAUUCCGAGGCCCCAACGGCGCUGCCUCUGGUGUGGCCGCUCAGCACUCCCAGUGCUUCGCCGCUUGGUAUUCCAACUGCCCCGGGCUCAAGGUCAUCUCCCCCUACUCCUCCGAAGACUGCAAGGGGCUCCUCAAAAGUGCCAUCAGGGAUCCAGAUCCAGUCGUGUUCCUAGAAAAUGAGCUGCUGUAUGGAGUCCCCUUCGAGAUGUCCGACGAAGCCAAGUCCAAAGAUUUCCUCCUCCCCAUUGGAAAAGCCAA